AUGACGAUCGAGAUGAGCGAGCGUGUUUGGCUCGAAGUGGGACAUUCGUGUCAACCACGAAGUAAUGCGCGGGGUCGUGCACAAGCGCUUGACUGGCGGCUGUGGGUGUGCGGGGCGAACGGUCUCGACAUCAGCGCUUUCGUGCAUAAAGUUGUCUUCCUUUUGCGACCAGCCAGCGCGUUUGUCUACACCAAAAGAGAGGUUCGGAAGCCGCCGUAUGAGAUCCAAGAGACGGGCAGCGUGUCUUCAGACAUACUCAUUGACGUGUAUCUAAAACACAGCACUGAACCAAAGAAGGUUCGCUUAAGUUAUAGUCUGGUCAUUGAAGACGAGGUAAAGGGUAGCACUAAAUAUCAGUGUAUGUCCAUCGACGUGGAGAAACCAUCGAAACCGCUGUGGCCAGCACUCAAGGUCGAAGGUGGCGAGGCGGUAGGGCAUGCCGAUGCGAACAAUCCUAGCGAUCGUCUGGUGAUAAUACCGGAAACACAUGCCACACCUACCCCGUCUCGACACAAAUUCAUAAAGCCUGUACAAAAAGGGUAG